UAUCACGGUAUAAAACACGGCACACACGCACCGAGAGCAGAUCUGACAUACAGCAGCAGAUAUUGGCUUCAGCACAUCUCUGGUUCUGCUAUGAGAAGGCUGUGUGUGUUGGUGUUGUUGGUGAGCGUCCUCGUCUGUCCGGCGGAUCUUUCUCCGGUGAUCGGGCCUGAACCCAUCCGCUGUGCUCCAUGCUCUCCGGAGCAGCUGGACUCCUGCCCCGCCGUGUCCUCGGACUGUCCGGAGGUGCUGCGAGAGCCGGGCUGCGGAUGCUGCUCGUCCUGCGCGCUGAAGAAAGGAGAGUCCUGCGGUGUUUAUACGGCUCACUGCGGCGCCGGCCUGCGCUGCGUCCCGAGACCCGGCGACCCGCGGCCGCUGCACGCUCUGACCCGCGGACACGCCGUCUGCACUGAGGACGACCGCACAGAAGAUGAGCCGGACGUCACGUCUGACCAGGGCUCCCUGCAUUACCUGCUGGGCCUCAACCGGCCGCUGGACCCGCGGGACGCAGCGGAGGCACAGGAGAGCAUCAAGGCUAAAGUCAACGCCAUCCGCAAGAAACUGAUCCAACUGGGUCCGUGUCACACUGAGCUGCACGCGGCUCUGGACCUCAUCGCUGAAUCCCAGCAGACGUUAGGAGAUAAGUUCACCAGCUUUUACCUGCCCAACUGUGACAAGCACGGAUUCUACAAGGCCCAGCAGUGUGAGACGUCUCUGGAGGCCCAGCCUCCCCGAUGCUGGUGUGUGUCGUCCUGGAACGGGAAUAGAAUCCGUGUGGAUCUGGCGUCUGAUUCCCAGUGUCCGCAGGAGCUCACGCACUGAACUGAAGCUACAGCUCACUUCACUUAUGUUUCCUUCCAUACCAUAUUUAUUCUUAUGUAUGUGACUAAUAUUUAUGAACUAGUUUUUGACAGAAUCCUACCAGAAUGAAUAUGAACUAGAAGCAAUCAGCAGAACUCCACCUCAGCAAGAUCCCGAUCUCGGUCUUCAGAAGCUCAGAGAUGAAAUCUUUACGCUCCACGUAAACGACGUUCGUUCUAUAGCAUAUGAUGUUAUGAUUCUGCCUCCGUCUGUGUUCGCUGUGGUUUUUCCUGACCACUUUAAUUCAGUAUAACUGUUUUUGCACAGCAUAAGUUAUUAGUCUGUAUCUGUUAGUCUGUUAGUAACCGAUAUUAGUCUGUAAACAGUUCCAUUUGUUUGUGAGCUCAAUGUUGAUUGCUUUAUGAUAUUUGACUAUGUAUUUAAACCAGAUGUCUACCUCACAUUAGACAUGAUGUCUUUAUGGACUCCCUGAAUGCAUUUAACAUAUUUAAGAGUGCUGCUGUAUUUAUUCUGAAACUAUUAUUUUAUUGAAUGUUAAUGUAAUGUAUAUAAUCUCAAGAGUUUGUUUCAAUAAAACGUUAGAGACUG